AUGACCUGCGAGCAUUGCCCAAUGCUGUGGUACCAUAGACUGUGCCAUGACAUAGAAGGAAUGAACGAGAAGAAGACGCACGCGUUCAUAUUACGCAGGAUAGAGCAGCUGCCGGAGGAUGAGCAGGACCUCAUCAUCACGAAGUAUCAGGGCGGCACCAACCACAUGUACGAGGUUAACGAGCACAACGCUUUCCUGAUGAUGCUGUUGCGGGCCCAUUGCGAAGGGAAACAGCAGAGGCAUGUGCACGACACGGCCGAGAACAGGUCGGAGUUCCUAAACCAGUACCUGGGUGGCAGCACGAUAUUCAUGAAGGCGAAGCGCUCGCUGUCCAGCGGCUUCGACCAGCUCCUGAAGCGGAAGGCCAGCAGGGACGAGGGUCUGCUGGCGGCGCAACCGUCCAAGAAGGAGCCAUCGCCGGCGCCCCCCGCUCCACCCCGGGAUUCCCCGGAGGUUCAGCCGGAGCUGACGCCCCCUGAAGGCAGCUCCAAGUCCUUGUCUCCAGCGAUGCACGCAGAAAGAGAACCACCAGCGUCACCCAAGACUUCAAUACCGCCAGCAGUUGAGGAGGAACCGGAAGAGGUAAAUGACGAGGACAAGGAGGAACCGACGCCAGCAAACUCCCCCAUGAUGGAUAUAUUCCUGAAGGUCAGCGACUCGCGGCCCACCGCGACUGAAAGUGGAAACGACUCUGACGCCACCUGGCGGCAAGCCAUCUACGAGAAGGCAAUCCAACCACCGGAGGUCCAGGAAGGUGAGCUCCUGGGUCGGCCGCAGCCAGCUCAUGGCGUCCGCACCAAGCAGCAGCUGCGUCAGCUGUGGAAGAUGGCCAUCGACCAGACCAUACUCCUGGUCAGGAUGGAGAAGGAGAACGCGAGGCUCAGAGAGAGCGAGGAGUCGUCGGCGGUGCGGCGCAUCAAGCUGGAGUACGAGGAGCUGGGCGCGUGCGAGGCCGGCGUGGCGCUCAUGUGGGACGGGCUGUUGGUGCGGGAGCCCUCGCAGCCGGUGGCGCGCGUCGACCGCCACAUGCUGGCGCAGGCCGUGCGCAGAGGCGUCCCGCGCGUGUCCCGCGGCGCGGUGUGGUACUUCCUGGCGGAGCAGGCCAGCGCGCGCGCGCCCCCGCCCGACCUGCGCCAGUGCCCGCUCUACCACGCGCCCUACCGCGCGCUGCUCGCCGGCCUCACCAAGCACCAGCACGCGAUCCUCAUCGACCUGGGUCGCACAUUCCCGAAGCACUCGUACUUCGCCGCUGCCCUGGGGCCAGGCCAGCUGGCUUUAUACAACAUACUGAAGGCGUACUCCCUCCUAGACCCGGACGUUGGCUACUGCCAAGGUCUCAGCUUCGUGGCUGGCGUUCUUUUGCUGCACAUGGAGGAAGCAGAAGCGUUCGCCCUGCUUCGGCACCUGAUGUUCCGCCGGGGACUGAGGAAACAGUACCUGCCCGAUAUGAGCGCCCUACAGGUCCAGCUAUACCAGCUGUCCCGCCUGCUGCGCGACCACGAGCCCGAGCUGCACGCGAAGCUGGAGGCGCUGGACAUCUCGCCGGCGCUCUACGCCGCCCCCUGGAUGCUCACGCUGUUCACCAGCCAGUUCCCGCUCGGCUUCGUGGUCAGGGUGUUCGAUCUCAUCUUCCUGGACUCCUUGGACGUGGUGUUCGCCGUGUCCCUUUCGCUGCUGAGCGCGCACAAGGACGGCCUGAUGAUGUGCGAGAGCUGCGAGGAGGCUGCCGAGUACUUGAAGCACAAGCUGCCCGAUAUGGACAAGGUCGUCUACGAGAAGGUCAUGAAGAAGGUGCAGGGUUUGGACAUCGGGAGGCAGCUGAGCGAGUACGCGGUGGAAUACGCUGUGCUGCGCGAGGAGAUGCCCCGGCUGGCCGCCCUCGCCGACGCCGGCAGGCGUUUGGCCGCCGACAACGAGCGAAUGGCCACCGAGCUGGAUUCCGCCAUGGACGCGAUCAACAGCUACCAGAAGACGCAGGCGCGUAUCGAGGCGCAGAGCAAGUCUAUGGAGCAGCAGUUGGCCAUCCUCAGCCGCUACGUGGCCAGCCUGCGGCAGGAGCCGCCACCGGAGGUCAAGAGGAUAGUGCAGGCGCACACCAAGCGGCUCUCCUUCGGCUCCAAGAUCUUCGCCACCAAGCACGCUGAAGAGGAAGAGGACCCCAGGAGGAAUUUCAAGAGCGGCGUCAGCGCGCCCAACCUGUUCUCAAAGAUAUCCAAGGAGGACGUGAUGAACGCGGCGAACGGCGUCAGGAACAGCUCCCCUGAUAGUGACAGGCGACACUUCGCCCUGAAGAAGUCGCAGUCGAUCCACUCGGGUCUGAUCGGGCAGAGGCACUACGCGAUGAAGGUGCUGGACGAGAGGAGCGACGGCGGCCAGUUCCGCAGCGAUAUCAUAUCGGGGUCGCUGAGGGACCUGGGCAAGAGGGGCUCCGGCUUCUUCGCGAGCACCCACGAGCAGAUCCUCCAGGAGAGGCUCUCCGAGCGGCAGCUGAAGCGCGACUUCGACGAGAACCUGCGCCGGCUCGACCAGAAGCUGAGCCCGCAGCAGGAGGAGUUCCAGAACAGGCGCAGCAUGUCUUUAAAUUUGAACCGUAACACCGCGCCGCAGGAGCCAAAGUCGGACAGCGGCUUCGUGACCCCCCUCAGCCCCGACGAGAGGAAGGACAGCGCGUCCACCGUUUCGCACCCGCUCAGCGACUGCGACGUGGACAUCAAGUUCGACGGCCACUCCACCAAGCUGAAGCAGAUACGGCCCCUGAGGCACGCCAACGCAGAAGCGGCGCAGUCG